AUGGUGAACCGCCAGAAUCCUCGUCGUCGUUUACGUCGCCGCCUGUUAGAAAACAAGAGAGCAAAAGAUGUAAUCAGCUCUUUACCUGAUGAGAUCCUCCUACAUAUCCUCUCCUUUAUUCCGACCAAACUCGCCAUCAGAACAUCUCUUUUGUCAAAACGAUGGAGGUAUAUAUGGUGCGAUACACCUUCUCUCUACUUUGAUAAUUAUAGUCAGAAAGCAAGAGUUGCUUUGAUUGAUAAAUCCCUAAAUCGCUACACAGCUCCCAAGAUGAAGCAUUUUCGUCUCAGAACCAACUUGAAGGACAAUAACUACAUCAAGAGGUGGAUCAAAUUAGCCAUGUCCCGUAACGUGGAGAAUGUUUCCCUCCAAGUCACUGUUUCUGGUUUCAAAAUUCCUGAUGAAUUCUUCUGCCAAGCAAUUGAUAUAUCGUCUUUAACGGAAGCUAAACUGGACAUUUGUAUUAACUCAAGUGCUCGGAGCUUUAAAGAUGAUUUUCCUCAAGCCAUAGUGUUAGUGCUAGAUAUGCUGGUAAAGUUACAACAUGUCGAGAAGCUAACUUUUGGUGGAAACUUUCUAAAGACUUUAUCUCUUGCUGAGGUUCUUGGUGAUCCUUUCCCAAUGCUUGGAGUCAAAACUUUGAUUCUUGAGACAGGAAGUAUCUCUAAGUAUGUUGUUCCUGGUAUAGAAAGAUUGUUACAAAACUUACCUGAGUUAAAGAAGCUAACAAUACGUGCAAGGGAUAGACACAUCUGA